AUGUCUGAAGAGGUUGCCUCUGUUUGUGAGGCCAUCAUCGAAACUCAGACAGAUGAAAAUCUUGCAAAGUUUUCUGAUCUAACAGAUGCAUUACCAACUAAAAUGUUGGACAUGAGUGGUAGUUUUACAGAAAAAUUGCUUUUUCUGAAAGACAACAAAUUUUUUGCGGGAUUACUCUCUGCAUUCAAACUUCCACUCAGUAUAGAGCAACAGUUACGCAUAUUAAAGCUAUGGGAUAUAUUCUUUCAGACUGCAUCCGCUAAAGAAGAUUAUGAUAUUUUAUUUUCGGACAAUCUAACAAACGAAGUUAUAUUAUAUGCAUUUGAGUACAACUCAGAAGAUGUCAGACAAUCAUACGCAACAGUUUUGAAAGGAAUCUCUCUAAAAUUCAAAGAUUUUGAUCACAAUUUACUGAUUUAUAAUAGGCAAAUUCCAAUUUUAGCACACUCAUUACCUUUCAUUAAUAACCAAGAUUCAAUUACUGUAUCAGCAAUGCGUUUUGUUAUUUUAAAUAUUUGUUUAAUAACAAAUGAAACGAUACGAGAAGCGAUUUGUGAUAAAGUAUCAUAUGCACCCAUCGAAAACCUCAUUAGUGAUAUCGACGCCGAUGGAUUUGCAUUCCUAGCUGACUUUUUCGCAGUUGCUCCAACGAGUUUAAAGAAUUUCACAUACAAUACACUACGUAAAAAGAUUGAUACGUCACCUCCAGCAUUUUUCGCAUCAGCACUUUCGUUUUUAACGAGUUCUCCUGCAAAAUCUCUUUUAAUGGAUAUAAUCGGCAAUAAAAUUAAUACGUGGGACCUCAGAGAUCCAGCUAUAUUAGGUAUAUUACUAUUUGCACUCGAAAAGAAGCUGAUUAAGCUUGAUAUCGCCAUAAGAGUUGGAUUUAUUUCGGCAACUGUUCCUUUGUUCGACCAAUCGUCUCAGAAUUACUCUCAAAAGUUCGACCUACCAAAGGAAUUGGCCUCAGUUAUGCUAGAAUUGAUAAGUCCGCUUCAUGUUGCAAUAAUUUUAAGAAUUCUGGCUAUUUUAUACGAUCAUAUCUAUAGUUCAGUCAUCGAUGCCAAAAAGAAGAUUAUUGAGAUGCUUAAAAGCGAAGAAAAUCAAGAAGUAAUUAAAUCAAUAAUUUAUCAACCGAAUCCUUUAAGAAUUAGAACAGAUUUAGAGUUUACUUCUAAGGCAUAUACAAAUCCUUCUAAAUAUGACUCAUUAAUGCGGAUGCUGGCUGAGAUUCAGAAUUAUUGUGCGAAAUUCCAUCAAAGUAGCUUCUCCUGGUUCGAAAUAACGACUCCAAAUGAGACACAAGAAGUGAUAUUUAAUCUACAAAACGAAGGACAGCGAAUUGUCGCUGAUGGAAACGUUUUGAGAUUUAAUGAGACAGAAAUGCCACUAAAGAGUUGCAUUGUUAGUCUAGAAACAAAGAAGUAUGUUACUAUUAAGGUAGUUCAGUACGAUACUACUAAAAAGUUUAGAAUUCCACAAGAAUCGAAUUAUUCUUUCGAUUUUGAGUCAGGAAAUGUCGCCCAGGCUUUUAUUGACUAUGUUAGUUCCAUGCAGAAGAAAUUUGUUGAUACAAUGUUGGAUAAUUUAACUUCUUACGAAUAA